AUGCUUAUUCUGUGGCUGCCUCCGUGUAUAACGGACAGAUUGAAAAACAGUCGACCUAACGUGUGCAAAUGGGAGCCUUCGGAAAACAAGGAAUUCGUCAUAGUGGUAGCGAGCAUUGGUCAACACGGAUCCUGUUUGGUUCUGCUGUUCUGUUACUUACAAGUGUUCCUGUUCAUGAGACGAAGGAUGAAGAUCGGACCGCUCCGUGCCAAAAGCUUGGCCAACUCCUCACAAACUGCCAGGGCGACAACCUUCAGCCAAGACCGAAGCCAGGACAGCCACGAGAUAGAAACGGACACGUCUAGAAGGAAAUUCUUAGAAAAAACUGAUGCAUCUAGUCAAACCCAGCACUGCGCGAAAAACGCGAGAAAGGACAUUCUUAGAAACCAAACUGAUGCAUCUAGCCAAAACCCGGACCGUGUGAAUAAUUCGGAAAACGCAAUGCAGGCUAUCCUCGAAAACGAAACUGAUACAUAUGCUCAAAACCAGGAUUAUGCAAAUAAUCCGGAAAACACGAAACAGGAAGUAUGUAUUGCUGGAAAUAACAUAUUUAACCAAAGCCAGAAUCAUGUAAACGACCCGGAAACCAACGUAGUGAGUACCAUAAGCCAAUCGCAGCAUGGUUCAAGAAAUUUUUUAUCAGUUCCGGUUUACUCGCCAAAGACCAGUACUGCAACUGGAGACGAGGGUUUGGACUCCGGUGAGGUGGCGGAAAAGCGCGAAAGAAAAGUUUUCGUGACGUUGACUUACAUCAUCUUCGGCUACAUGAUAUGCUGGGUACCAUUCCAUUUCGUGUUCGACGUCAGUGCCAUCGACCCCACACUGGUACCUGAGAUCGUGUACACUAUUACAUUUUGGAUGACCUAUCUCAAUUCUACAGUCAAUCCCUUUCUUUACAACUUCAGCAGCCCCGAGUUUCGAAAAGCCUUCAAGAAGAUAUUGCAUAUAAACUAGAUCGUACUACUCGAGAUCCUUAUGUCUAAAGCAGAACUACAAAGAGAAAUCUGAAGGCGUGUCCAGGAGAGGCGUACUAAAACCAUGAUCGAUCGAUCGAUCGAUUGGUCGGUUGGAUAGCAAUCUGACUGAAAUAAGCACCGCUGGUCUAUAUUUAUUACAUGUG